AUGGUUUUCCAGGAUUUCUCCCUGAUCCCGGCGCUUUCUGUUGCGGAGAACGUUGCGCUGUUCUUACCGGGCCAGGGACGGCUCAUCCGCCGCGGAGAGCUGGUUCGACGCAUUGAGCAGUUUGCUGAAGACUACGGCCUCGAAAUCGACCCUCGUCGGCGAGUCGACGACCUGUCCCUGGGUGAGCGCCAGCGGGUGGAGCUGAUCAAGCUGCUCCUCGCGGAGGCCCGGCUCCUGAUAUUCGACGAGCCCACCAGCGUCCUUGCCCCCCACGAGGUCGACGGGUUGUUCCGGGUAUUCUCAGCCCUCCGGGAAAACGGCUACUCCAUACUGUUCAUCACCCACAAGGUCCGCGAGGCCCUGGCCGUCGCCGACAACGUCACCGUCCUGCGCCAUGGCAAGGUGGAGGUCAACGCUCCCAGGGACGAGUUUGACGCCGCCAGUCUGGUCGCGGCCAUGGUCGGUUCGGGCUCGAGUGGACAGCACCACGUCAACGUUCGCUCCGGCGCAGUUGGGGAAACCGCCCUGGAAUUCCGCGGCAUAACUACAGUCGGUGAUGCAGGCGGUCGAAGGCUCGACAGCGUCAGCUUCCACGUGUGCCAGGGCGAGAUCCUCGGCGUAGCCGGCGUCGCGGGAAAUGGUCAGCGAGUGCUGGGUGAGGCUCUCCUAGGGUUGGAGCCGGUGCGAAGCGGGGAGAUCCUGCUCUUCGGCCGGCCGCUCUCGGGACAUUCACCUGCCUACGCCCUUGCCAGCGGCGUGUCCGUCAUCUCGGAGGACCCCCUCGCCGACGCCAUGAUCGCCGGCAUGCGGGUCGACGAGAACCUGCUCCUGUCCGGCCUGUCGCGGGGGCGGGGCGGCGGGUUCUGGCUGGACCGCGCCAGCAUCGCCGGUGAAGCCGGGCAGGUUCGCGCCGCAUUCCCGCUGCAGAUGGCUGACUCCUCGGCCCAGGUGCGGCAUCUCUCCGGUGGCAACGUCCAGCGGGUGAUGCUCGCUGGCGAGCUGGGGCAGGGCGCCCGUGUUUUCCUGGCCUAUUACCCGACGCGGGGCCUCGACGUGCUGAGCGCCGAGUCCACGCGCCGCCUGCUGCUGGAACGGCGCGACGCCGGAGCCGCCACCGUGCUGGUAUCCGAAGACCUGGAUGAGCUGCUGGCCCUCAGCGACCGCCUCAUCGUGAUGUACCACGGUCGCGUGGCCGGCGAGUUCGUUCCGUCCGGGGUGUCAGUGCAGGAGAUCGGUCUGCUGAUGACUGGCCACGCCCUUGCUGCGGAGACUGGAUGA